CUCUUGCAUUGCCUCAUUCAAGUUGUGGGAUACAAAAUUACAAACUGAUCGAGUCUAGGUAUUGAUCGAUCCCAUGGCUCCCAGAAAGAUAGUUAGCGUUGUUUUCCUUGUGAUGCUAAGUGUAGGCAUCUGUUCUGCCACUAGAGUCCUCUUGGGUUAUACCGAGACAGUUACACGCCCUAGUUACGGCCAUUCUCCGGGCGUAGCCCAUGGAGGUGGUGGUGGAGGCGGACGUGGUGCGGGCGGUGGAGGUGGAGGUGGAGCCGGGGGUUCUGGACAGGGAAGUGGGUCUGGUGAAGGAGGGGGUGCAGGGUACGGUGCUGGUGGAGCGGAGGCAGCGGGGUACGGUGGAGGAGGAGGUGGAGGUAGCGGUGGAGGUGGAGGCGGUGGUGCAGGUUAUGAGGGAGCAGGGAAGGGUGGUGGUGAAGGGAGUGGUUCCGGAAGUGGUGCUGGGUAUGGUGCUGGAGGAGCAGCCGGAGGUGGACAUGGUGGUGGUGGAGGCGGUGGGAGUGGUGGCGGCGGUGGAGGAGGAGCUGGGGGUGCUGGUGGAGGUUAUGGUGGUGGUUCAGGAUCUGGUGAAGGUUAUGGUGCUGGUGGUUCGGCUGCUGGUGGAGGCGGAGGAGGUGGGUCCGGUGGUGGCGGCGGAGGUGGCGGUGGCUCUGGUGGUGGUGCAGGUGCACACGGUGGUGGAGCUGGCUAUGGAGGUGGUGCUGGGGGCGGUCAGGGCGGUGGUCAUGGUGGCUAUGCACCAUGAGAGCACCUCUCUCACUAUCUGUAUGGAUCAAACACCUCUUCUUACCCAAAGUAUUAGGAAAAAAUAAAUUUUAAUGCGGUAAGAAGAGGAUGAUUAUAGUUAUUUACUACGACGGUUGUAAAAAACAGGCCAAAGGCAUGCUAUGAUUGCUGCUAUCCGAGCUGGUUGUAUGAUACAAUUGGAACAGAUCAACUGGAUCAAUUGAGUAUUGCCAUGCAAUUAUGAAAAUAUAGAUGAAGUAUGUAUUCUAUAA